AUGGACACGAUUCGAGGGAGCUUUCGCCGAGUGUCUGGCCUGCUCUUAGUAUCAGCUGACCGUGUGUGGACCUUCGAGCUUCCAGAAAGGAAAGAGUCGAUAGAAGCCGGCAUUACACGCCCGGCAGUCCCCUCUAGGGCCGUAAUAACGUGGCCUGGCUGUCGCUCCUGCAGGUUCAUGUGUGCCCAGCUGCCCAACCCCGUCCUGGACAGCAUCAGCAUCAUCGACACGCCUGGCAUCCUCUCCGGGGAGAAGCAGCGCAUCAGCAGAGGGUACGACUUUGCGGCCGUCCUGGAGUGGUUCGCCGAGCGCGUGGACCGCAUCAUCCUGCUGUUCGACGCCCACAAGCUGGACAUCUCCGACGAGUUCUCGGAGGUCAUCAAGGCGCUGAAGAACCACGAGGACAAGAUCCGCGUGGUGCUGAACAAGGCCGACCAGAUCGAGACGCAGCAGCUGAUGCGCGUCUACGGGGCCCUCAUGUGGUCCCUGGGCAAGAUCAUCAACACGCCCGAGGUGGUCCGCGUCUACAUCGGCUCCUUCUGGGCCCAGCCGCUGCUCAUCGCCGACAACCGCAAGCUCUUCGAGGCCGAGGAGCAGGACCUCUUCAAGGACAUCCAGUCCCUGCCCCGCAACGCCGCCCUGCGCAAGCUCAACGACCUCAUCAAGCGGGCGCGGCUGGCCAAGGUGCACGCCUACAUCAUCAGCUCGCUGAAGAAGGAGAUGCCCAACGUCUUCGGGAAGGAGAGCAAGAAGAAGGAGCUGGUGAACAACCUGGGCGAGAUCUACCAGAAGAUCGAGCGGGAGCACCAGAUCUCCCCGGGCGACUUCCCCAGCCUCCGCAAGAUGCAGGAGCUGCUCCAGACCCAGGACUUCAGCAAGUUCCAGGCCCUGAAGCCCAAGCUGCUGGACACGGUGGACGACAUGCUGGCCAACGACAUCGCCCGGCUGAUGGUGAUGGUGCGCCAGGAGGAGGCCCAGGCGCCCUCGCAGGUCGUCAAGGGUGGCGCCUUCGACGGCACCAUGAACGGGCCCUUUGGGCAUGGCUACGGCGAGGGCGCCGGUGAGGGCAUCGACGACGUGGAGUGGGUGGUGGGCAAGGACAAGCCCACCUACGACGAGAUCUUCUACACCCUGUCGCCCGUCAACGGCAAGAUCACGGGUGCCAACGCCAAGAAGGAGAUGGUCAAGUCCAAGCUGCCCAACACCGUGCUGGGCAAGAUCUGGAAGCUGGCCGACGUGGACAAGGACGGGCUGCUGGAUGACGAGGAGUUCGCGCUCGCCAACCACCUCAUCAGGGUCAAGCUGGAGGGCCACGAGCUGCCCGCCGAGCUGCCCCCGCACCUGGUCCCGCCCUCCAAGCGGAGGCACGAGUGACGCCCCGGGGCCGGCGUGGGGCGGGUGGUCGCCAUGUCCGAGGUCCAUAAAGACUGAGCCGCCUCCGCUCUUCUCCAGCAGCGCCGCCAUCUCUGUCGUAGGCUGUCCCCGGCCAGCGCCGGGCGCCAGGCUGACCUCGAGUGGAGGGUGGGACUGUGUGCACGGGAACUGCGGAUAUUUUUAAUAUAUGACGUAUAUAAUGUU